ACUCACAUCUAUCCUCCGAUUUAUUGAGAAUCCAUAGUGGUAUUUUAGGCAUGCUUGAUACCGCUCUCCUAUGACGUGAAUAGAGACUAUUGAAGGAGAAACUAUAUGUGCUAUCGGCGAUUAGCUUUGCUCCAUUAGCGAAAUUUAAAAAUAAUAUGACAUUCGACUCAGCAGAAGUUUCGAGUUUGGCGCUCACAGACAGCUCUGUUCUUCCAGAGGAGUGGUCUUCAGAUGAAAAAAUGGCUGCGCUGUUUGGACCUCUUCAUCUCCCCUUUAAUCACAGUUCAGAACAGCUAAUAAAUUACAAUAAUAAAGUGAAUUUUUGGCAAAACCUAAUUGUCAAUUUGUACGCGAAGCAUGCCGUUCUCUCGAAGAAGUCGCCCACUUGUUCAUUGAACAGUCUGAAGUCGAUGAUGUGCAGAAAAGGAAUAGUUCCAAUGGGUAUGGAAACCGUUGUAAAAGAGAUGGUUCAACGUCAAAUACUGGUCCCGUUAGAAAGUUUUGGUUCCCGUACUUAUUAUUCGUGGGGUGUUUGGUUCAAGAGCAUUCUUUCUGGGGUUAUAGGCGCGCUCUCUGAGAGGUCCCAAAGAGCUAUGCCUGAGGACAAAGUUUACGUAAUCUUCCCUGUGGCUAAGGAAAGGUCUGAGAGGCUGGUAGAACAAAUCAAGAGCAUCUAUCAGUCGAAGAGACACGUUUUUACACUUGAGGAGCUGGAGAAAACGUUGAAAAUAAAUUACUUGAAGAUUUUGGUUCCUUUGCUUCCAGUUACUGUCUUCAAGGUAAAGGGCAAAUGCUGCCUCAAGUUCUACACUGACGAAGCCGAGAAGAAAGUAAAUGAAGUUGAUCUUGGAAUUUUAAGUCUUUGUUCUACCAUUGAGUAUUUGAAUGAAAGAAUGCAAAUUGUGUCGUCUAAUAUAAAAGAGACGCACGAAAAAAUUUUAGAGGCGUUUUCUUCAAAGAGCGUAGCAGUACAUCUUCUGCGUCGCAAAAAGCGGUUUGAGAAGAUGCUUGAACAGAUUUGUAAAGUUCAGGAGAGGCUCGAAGAAAUUUUGACUAAGAUAGAACAAGGAAAGUUGUCUUAUGAAAUAUUUGAAGUACUUCAAACAGGGUCAUCUGCGUUGAAUCAGAUGACCGACAAGGUUGUUGUCGAUCAGCUGUACGAUUUGAAGGAAUCUUUGACGGAUGUGAUGGAUCGAUACGAAGAGAUAGAGUCUGUGGGAGUGUUGGGCGCGGACGAGCCUUCGGAAGAAGAGGAGGAAGAAUUGAGGGAAUUGUUGAAAAGGACGAAGGAUGGCAGUUUGUCCCCGGUUGAAUUAACUGCCGACGAGGCUGAGAUACGAGACGUACAAGAUAUGCAAGAAGAUGAGCUCAUCAAUGAACUUGCUCAAUUGAGCGUUGUGAAAGAAGGUGAAUUGCUCGAGAAGGUUGGAUGAGUAGGCAGUUUUCGUCACGCGAAUUCAGGUUUUUAUUUUCUGAUUCUUUUUGAGUGAGGAGGAGUGCUAGGAUUCUGGAAUGUCGGUAAACAGGCACAGAGAAAUAGCAUUCGGGUGACAGAUGUAUUUAUGGCAAAAAUUUUUUUUCAUGGAUUUAUUUUUUCAGGUCGAUUCAUCUUUUUUAUGCCGAAAAAGAGAUGAACGACGAUGAGCUAUUGAAAGGCAAACGCGUGGGUUAUGCCCUUUCUUGUAACAAGAUAAAUACAACUGAUCGAGCAACAUGGGUGCCAUCAGAUACCGAUCAAGUGGCUUUGUUUGCUGUAGAUUAUUCUCUGUAUUUGAUAGCUUUUGGGCCAUUUGCACGGUCGUCUUCAUCCGUUGCAAUAGUAAAAUUGAGAUUCAAAGACUACGUUAGGACAUGUUCAAUAGAUGGCUCGGGUCGUCUUUUGGCCGUCGCAUUUCAAAGUAAAAAGUUUUCGAUUUUUGACUUAAACUGCCCUUGUUCGACGGAUGAGGGGGCCGGAUUUGCGUGUUGCUAUGAGAGCAAACUUUCGAAAAAGUUGGUCAAGAUUCAAUGGGAGAAUGAGUCUUCUAUUUUGUGUGCCGACAAAUUUGGCACGUUUUUCCUUUACUGUUUUCAAAUUGAUGCAACUGGAACACCGGUUCAUUUGAGUCUACGCUGGGACAAGCCGAGAGUGCCUCUGGGUCAUUACUCAACCGUUACUGAAUUCCUCAUUGCGUCUCCAGCUUCAAAUUCCGACGCGGAUCGACAUUCCGUGCUCGUCUCAGCUGACAAGGAUGAAAAAAUUCGGGUGUCAAGGUGGCCUCACGCCUACGAUAUUCUGUGUUUUUGCCUCGGACACACGCAGUUUGUAUCCAGCCUUUGCAUAGUUCGGAAUGAACGCGAUGGUCUCGACAUACUUUUAUCGGCUGGAGGUGACAGUCGGCUAAUUGCGUGGGACUAUACAUGCGGGAGGCAGUUGGCCGCGGCGGACCUCUCAGAUAUUGUGGACCAUUUUGAGGGACUUUCCUGUGAGUUGAGAAGACGCUAUUCCCAGACGGGAGUUGUGGCCACCAAUAUUCUUUAUCUCAAGGAAAAAAACCUGGUCGUGAUAGGCAUAGAAUUGUUGGACUAUUUAUUAUUUUAUGGCGUCGUCAAAAAUGGCGAGAUUAGCCUGAAACACCUAAAGAGUUGCCGCAUUAACUUAAUUCCCACUAAAAUUGCGGUUGAUGCCCAGUCCAAGUUGUGGAUAGCUGGACUUGCUGUACAUUCGUCGCCAAUUCUCGUGUACGAUGUGUCGAUUUGUCCGGACGGUCUUCCGAGCUUAGACAUUGACAAGGAGUCAACCAGUCUGGUGGAGGCGUUUGACGGUCCUUUGUGUGCAGAAACUGUACUGGACUUUCUGCUGCAGGAGAAAAAUUUCAGAAAGCAGGCUUAUUUCGUCUCGCACUCGAACCAGGCGCCGUCGACUGAAGAGGACCCGUGCAAAAAGCGGCCACAUCUGGAAGCUUGAGUAUCCGCUCAAGAGGGAGGUGAGCGCGCGAGAUGGUGGUGCACGGUUUUGCAAGAACACGAAGUAUUUUUUUUGCGAUCGGAGCGUUGUUAUGCCGCCUCCCAUAAUUUUUUAAGUCCGAUUGAAGUCAUAGUCAGAAAAAAGUUCUGCGAAUUGUGCGACGAUUUGUUCUUCUUCUUCUUUUGUGUUGGUACAGGAUUUCCAGUCUUCUCUUUCUGGCGUGCCCAGGGCGUCGGAAACCACUUGGCGAGCGAACUGAAGGGGGACGUGGACAUGAGGAGAGAUAGUGGCCAGCCAUUCGGUCUCUCUGAUUCUCAGGAAGAAAUAGGUCGCUUCGGUGAUUGGUUUCGAAUCUGGAUCUCUUUUUUCGAGCGAUAUGCCCAUUUUUUCCGAUUCUCUCUGAAACCGUUGGCCGAUUUCGUCGGCGAUUGACUCGGGAACUGCGACGAUUUGAAGGUGAGCGUGGACUCGGGCAUCCGAGUUUUUCUUGAAAGCCGACUCCCAAGCCAGCAUGGCGUUGCCUUCGGACUUGAAGCAAGUCGAUAGAGAUGCUAGGUAUUUAGUUAUUUCUGUCCAUACGCUGGGAUUUACAGAUGAGAUGGAUGGCCCGUGAUCGAUGGGGAUGAUUAGGAUGUGUUCGUUGGUGAUGCCGCCCUUUGCCAUGGCCAGAUAGGCCUCUUCCCCUACUGAAAAGAUCAGGUGUUGUUCGACUUCUGGAUUCGAAAGACAAAA